CUAGUGCUGGCGGGGCCUGUGGCGUUGCUCUCCGCUGCAUGCUGCUCCACUCACAGAGUUGGUUGGCGUGCGUUGGUUGGCGUGCACGCGAGACGUACAACCUGUGAGAGCUAUGCGCCGCCGCGCACCGCGUGCAAGCGUUGCCACGCCGCCGCCGGAGACGGAGUUGCCCCUGGCCUCGCCCGCGCGGCAGCUACUGCUGAGCGCAGGCGUGCUGCUGUGCUUCGGCGUGUCGUCGCUGACGCAGGAGGCGUUGACGACACGCACGUACGACGGGGCGACGUUCCGCUACAGGAACGUGUUGCUGCUCUUGCAGUCGGCGGCGUCCGCGGUCGUCGCGGGCGCGAUGAUGCUGGCGCGCGGGCCGCGACCGCGCGCGCGACGGCCGCCGCGCGGCGACUACGGCCGGUGGGCCGUCGUCGUCGGCGCGUACUACGCGUCGCACUGGUUCGGCCUCGCGUCGCUGCCGCUCCUGAGCUACCCGGUGCACGUCACGCUCAAGUCGUGCAAGGCCAUCCCCGUCGUCGUCGGCGAGCGGCUCCUCACGGCCCGACGGCGCGAACCGGCGCCCCCUGCGGCCGGCCGCGGCGUGCCUCCGCGCGCGCGCGAGGCGGGCGCCGCGCAGGCACGCGCCGGCGAAGUACAUUGGCGUCGCGGCCAUGUGCGUCGGCGCGAGCGCGUUCUUUCUUCUCCACGAGACCGCCGGCGGCGCGCGGCGCACGACGCCCGCGGGCGUCGCGCUGGUGGCGUGCGCGCUCGUCUCGGACGGUGCGUCUGUCGCGCGGAGCCCCGCUUCCGUCGCGCGAUCCGACCGCGCCGGCGCAGGCAUCUACGGCGGGUACCAGACGAAGCUCGUCGCGCGGUGCGACAGCGAAUGGGUGCUCAUGUUCUACAUGAACGCCUGGCAGGCGCUCCUGAGCGCGUGCGCGUGCGCCGCGGCGGGCGGCGAGCUCGGCGCCGCGGCCGCGUUCGUCUCCGCGCACCCGCGCGUCGCGCGCGACCUCGCCCUUUUCAACGUGUCCAAGGCGCUCGGAACGCUUUGCGUCUACCGCCUCCUCCGCGAGAGCGGCACCAUCGUCGUCGCCACGGUCACGACGCUCCGCAAGGUCCUCUCGGUGCUCCUCUCGGUCGCGUACUUCGGCCACGCGGUCGGCGCCGCGCAGUGGGCCGCCCUCGCCCUCGUCUUCCUCCACGCGUACGUCGGCGGCGCGAUAGCGGCGGUGCUUCGCGUCGGCUCGGACUGA